ACAGAGAGGUAGCAAACGCCAGAAACACACACAGAUUUUUUUCUUUACUCUUCUUUCUUUCUAUCGAUUCGUCAAAACAGAGUCUCUGAAACUCACCAAAAACCGCCACAGUUCCCUUCACAAUUCUCGAUCCGUGUUUCCUCCACCUUCUUCCGAUUCGCACCGUCUUCGAUUUUUCUCCGAUCCGUGGUUUUCUCAUUCCACGUUUGUUUUCUCGGUAUUUUUCUUCUCCUCUUCGUUAACGGAGGCGCGAACUUCGCUUUGCGCGUGUUUUUCACUUUCGCGAAUUUCUUGGAGGGUUUGGAGUUGGUGCAGCAUGAGCAUUGAUAGCCCCGGUGAAGGGUAGGACUUGAGUUUCGAGGUUUCAUGGUGCCAUCACCCAUGGGCGAUGGAGGAGUGGCGUGUUUGCCCUUGCAGCAGAAGAAACAUGUUAGGGAGAGGUUGUCGAAUGCAGCAGUGGAGAAUGCGGGGAUUAAGAAUGGGAGCGGUUUCAGUUCUGAGCUGGUCAAGGGUGCUGGCAAGAAGAAGAAGAAGAAGAAAGUGAAGGUGAAGAGGAAGAAAGUGAUACCCGCGGUGAAGAGUGAAUUGGCAGUGGACAGAGUGAGCGGCGGCUGGGGCAGCAAUGAUGUUGCGAGUGGCGGAAUAAAUGGGCAGAAAGAAGAAGUGGAGGAGGGUGAAUUGGGGACUUUGAAAUGGCCGGGGAGUGAGGUGGAGAAUGGGGAGUUUGUGCCUGAGAAGCCGUGGCCGCUGUUAAAAAGUGAAAUUCAGAAUCGGGAGAUUGUCAGUGAGAGGUGGAAGGAAGGGCAGGUGGAGAAGGGAGAGUUUGUUUCUGAAAAAUGGAGAAAGGAUGACGUGGAGAAUGGGGAGAUAGUUGGUGAGAAUGGUAGGAAAGGAGGAGCUGAGAAAGGGGAAUAUGGAUGGUGGAGAGAUGGUACAAAGGAUGGAGUUGAGAAGGGAGAGUUCAUUCCAGAUAGGUGGCAUAGGAGGGACACGGGGAGGGAUGAUCAUGGUUACGCGAGAAUCCACAGGCAUCAGUCAGGUAGGGACAAAGGAUGGAAAAGUGAACGUGAACGUGAACUUACACCGCCUUCAGGGAGAUAUACAGGUGAUGAGUCUUUUAGGAAGAGGGAACUGCAUGCAAGUUCAAGUCAGUAUGCUAAAAGUGCUCCCAGGUGGGAGAAUGGGGGAGAAAGAAAUAUAAGGAUUGGUUCAAAAAUUGUGGAUGAGGAGAAAAAUGAGUACAGCAAUGGCAGGACUGAUUCACGAGGUUACUCUUCUGGUAGUCGGUUGAAAAGGCAUGGUAAUGAAUCAGAUAGCUAUGAGCGGAAGCAAAAUGGAGAUUAUGAUGGCUUAAAAAGUCGAAGGCUUUCCAAUGAUGGCUCACGCGAUGGUUAUCCGGAGCACCAUUCUCGACUGUCUGUGGAUAGAUCUUAUAGAAAUAGUUCUUCAAGAUUAUCAAUGGACAAGUAUUCUUCCAGGCAUCAUGAAUCUUCUUUGCCAACCAGAUCAGCUUAUGAUAAGCAUGGAUGCAGCCAUGGUCAAUCGGAGCGGUCCCCUCGUGAUCGAACCAGGUAUUCCGAUCAUAAAGAUCGCAUGCAAGUGCGUCAAUCACACUAUGACCAUGAGAAAUCUCCAUAUAGCCGUGAGAAAUCUCCACGUGUUCGUGAAAGAUCUCCACGUGUUCGUGAAAGAUCUCCACGUGUUCGUGAAAGAUCCUCGUGCGAUAAGAAUCGGGAUAGAAGUCGUCACCAUGAUCAUAAAUUGAGAAGUCCUACUCAUGCUAAGGGUUCCCCACAAGAUCGAGUUCUACACCAUGAUCACAGGGACCGAACUCCAAAUUCAAUGGAGCGAUCCCCACUUGAUCGGAUUAGACAAAUUAUUCAUCAAGAAACAAGUAGUAAAACCUUAUCAAGUGAAAACAAUAACUCACAAUAUAGCUGUAAGAAUCAUGAAGACAAGAACAUCCAAAAGGAGUCAAAUCUUUCAGAUAUAGAAUCUCAAGGUAAAAGAAAUGUGCAUGAGGCCUACAGGUCUAUUAAGAAAGGUGUCUGCAAUGAACCUGAAAAGGAACAACAGUCCUGCAGCCCCACUGUAAGCUACAAGGGCUCUCCUAGCUUGCAGCCAUCUCCUGAGGAGCUGUCUUCUAUGGAAGAAGAUAUGGACAUAUGUAAUACCCCACCACAUGUUCCUGUUGUGGCAGAUUCAUCAUCUGGGAAAUGGUUUUACCUUGACUAUGGCGGUGCAGAACAUGGACCUUCUACAUUAUCUGAAAUAAAGGUCCUUGUUGAUGAUGGUGUACUAAUGUCAGAUCAUUUUAUUAAGCACAUGGAUAGUAACCGAUGGUUAACUGUUGAAAAUGCAGCAUCACCAUUGGCAGCUCAGAAUUAUCCGACGAUUCUGUCUGACACUGUAACCCAGCUGGUAAACCCUCCAGAAGCUCCUGGUAAUCUUUUGACAGAUACUGGAGAUAUUUUUCAAUGUGAUCCCGAGAAAUAUCAGGAAAUGCCAGCUCCUUUGCUGCAGGCAACGAUAUGCCCUGAUGACGAACUGUUGGAGGACCUCCACAUUGAUGAAAGGGUUGGAGUUCUGUUAGAGGGUUAUGAUGUCAUUCCUGGAAGGGAGCUUGAGGCAAUUAAAGGAGCUUUGCAAAUGAAUUUUGAUUAUACAAAAGGGGAGGGAUUGGAAGACUACGAAGGUUUUCCUUGUUAUGAUACUUGCUUGAGCAUGGAACUUGAUUCAAGAAUUGAUUUUGCCUCAAGAGACUAUGAGUCUCAGCUAAGUACGCCUCCAGACAACGAUAAUGGAUUUACCCUCAGUGUCCCUGAUGACUUGUUUUCAUCUCGAUGGUCUUGCAAAGGUGGUGACUGGAAGAGGAGUGAUGAUGCCCAAGAUAGAUGUAGUAAGAAGAAACUUGUCCUAAAUGAUGGGUUUCCAUUAUGCCAAAUGCCCAAGUCUGGGUGUGAAGAUCCACGUUGGCCUCGGAAAGAUGACUUGUAUUAUCCUUCUCACAGCAGGAUGCUUGAUCUUCAUCCUUGGGCUUUUUGCACUGAUGAGAGGGUUGAUUGCAGCAGUGCUGUAAGCAAACCAGUUCAAGGUAAGCUUACUUUUGUAAGAGGAGUAAAAGGAAAUGUUCUUUCAGUGGUCAGGAUAAAUGAACGAGUAAUCAAGGAUCAGGGAUCAUUGGACUGUGAGCCACGCCAAAAGAGCCGUGGCAAUGAUAGAUAUCAUUCAAGGUCAACUUGGCCUUUGUCUUCAGCCAGUGAUAGCAAGCGAUCAUCAACUGAAGAAGAUUAUCAGUCAAAAGCUGUUAAUGAUCAAGGUUCUCAAAGCUCCUGCAGGAGCAUUGAAUUUAUUACUACUGGUAAAGACCAUCUUUGUAAUGUCCAUGCCUUACAGUUAAGUUUGGGUGACUGGUACUAUCUUGAUGGUUUGGGGCACGAAAGAGGGCCUUCAUCAUUUUCAGAGCUACAGUGUUUAGUAGACCAAGGAAUUAUAAAAAAGUAUAGCAGUGUGUUCAGAAAAUUUGAUAAAAUCUGGGUUCCUGUUACCUCUACCAGAGAAACCUAUGAUGUCAGUUUCAUGAGCCACCAAGAAAGCAGUUCAGCGUCUGGUGAAUGCUCUGGACAUCAAUCAUUGCAAACACAAGGUGUUUCAUUUGGUGAACCUCAAUCAAAGUCAAGUUUGUUUAACAGAUUACACCCUCAGUUUGUUGGUUAUACUCGUGGGAAACUACAUGAGUUAGUAAUGAAAUCAUAUAAGAGCCGGGAAUUUGCUGCAGUUAUAAAUGAGGUUUUAGAUCCGUGGAUCAAUGCAAGACAAACAAAGAAAGAAAUUGAGAAACAAAUACAUUGGAACUCAGAAGGUGAUGCAUUUGCUUCCAAAAGAGCAAGGUUGCUGGUAGAUGAUCAUGCCAGUGAAGAAGAUGUUGUAGAUGCUGAGACAGAUGAGUUCACAUUUGAGGAUCUAUGUGGUGAUGCUGCUUUCUCAAGCGAAGUAAGUGGCAAUACCGUUUCUGAGGUUGGAAGCUGGGGAUUAUUGGAUGGUCAUCUAUUGGCACGAGUCUUACACUUUCUGAGGUCUGAUUUGAAGUCCCUUGUCUUUGUAUCAAUGACUUGCAAGAAUUGGAGAGAGUCUGUAAGAUUUUACAAAGAAGUCUCAAGAAGCAUUGAUUUGUCAUCCCUUGGCUAUUCCUGCACUGAUUCCAUAGUGUGGAACAUUGUGAAUGCUUAUGAGAAAGACAAGAUCAAAUCUAUGAUUCUGACGGGGUGCACCAAUAUCACUGCUGGAAUGCUGGAGAAAAUUCUUCUUUCAUUUCCUGGUUUAUCUACAGUAUACAUUAGAGGGUGCAGCCAGUUUGAAGAGCUGACUCCUAAAUUUACCAAAGUGAAAUGGAUUCAGAGCCGAAGUUCUUGUAUAAGACAAAUUGCAGAAGAGCCACAUGAAAUCAGUAGCCUUAAACAGAUUACUGUUCUCAAAACUAGUAGUUUAGGUAUUAGGGAUGAUUUUGGUGAGCUGAAGAAUUAUCUUGAUAGUGUUGAUAAGAGGGACAUGAAGCAAUUAUUCCGUCGAAACUUAUACAAGAGGUCCAAAUUAUAUGAUGCUAGAAAGUCCUCCUCCAUUCUAUCUAGGGAUGCUCGCACAAGACGAUGGUCAAUUAAGAAGUCUGAUUGUGGUUACAAGAGGAUGGAGGAAUUUCUUGCUUCAAGACUGAGGGAAAUUAUGAAGGCCAAUUCCUGUGACUUUUUUGUGUCCAAGGUUGCUGAAAUUGAGGCUAAAAUGAAAACCGGUUAUUACAGUGGGUAUGGUUUGAGCUCUGUCAAGGAGGACAUCAGUAGAAUGUGCCGCGAUGCAAUAAAAGCAAAGAAUCGGGGUAAUGCUAGUGAUAUGAAUCACAUUAUCACAUUAUUUAUUCAGCUUGCAGCACGAUUGGAGGAGAGCUCUAAAUAUGUGGGUGGCAGAGAUGCACUGUUCAAGUUAUGGAAAAAGGACUCACCAUCAGCAUUAUGUUCUAAUUCUUCUAAGUACAAGAAGAAUAGAUUGGUAACUGAGAGGAAGUAUGGGAGUAAUGGCACACUUGGUGAUUUGGCUAAUGGAGAAUAUGCUUCUGAUAGAGAAAUUAGGAGGCGUUUAUCAAAAUUGAAUAAGAAAUCCAUGGACUCAGAGAGUGAGACAUCUGAUGACCUUUAUAUAUCUUCUGAAGAUGAUGGUGGUACUACAACCUCCGAUGCUGAAAGUGACCAACAAACCCAUUCAGAAAGUCAAAUUGGGGAGUCCAGAGGAGAUGGAUGCUUCACUCCUGAUGAUAAGUUGGAUUUCAUAUCUGAUGAGCGGGAAUGGGGAGCUCGCAUGACAAAAGCUAGUCUGGUUCCUCCUGUAACUCGGAAAUAUGAUGCCAUUGAUCAAUAUAUCGUUGUAGCUGAUGAAGAGGAUGUGCGAAGGAAGAUGCAGGUUUCAUUACCGGAUGACUAUGCAGAGAAGUUGAGUGCACAAAAGAAUGGUGUUGAGGAGUCUGAUAUGGAACUGCCUGAAGUGAAAGAUUACAAACCUAGAAAACAGCUUGGAAAUGAAGUCAUUGAGCAAGAAGUUUAUGGAAUUGAUCCCUAUACACACAAUCUCUUGCUUGAUUCUAUGCCAGAGGAGUUAGAUUGGUCUCUACAAGAGAAGCAUUUAUUUAUAGAAGACAUGCUCCUUCGGACAUUGAAUGAGCAAGUUAGGCAUUUUACUGGAACUGGAAGCACCCCAAUGAGCUACACUUUGAAGCCUGUUGUUGAAGAAAUUGAAAGAUGUGCAAAGGAGCACUGUGAUGCUAGAAUGGUGAAAAUGUGCCAAGGUAUCUUAAAAGGCAUAGACCGUCGUCCCGAUGACAAAUAUGUAGCUUAUAGAAAGGGACUUGGUGUUGUUUGCAACAAGGAAGAAGGGUUUAAUGAAGAUGAUUUUAUUGUAGAGUUUCUGGGAGAGGUAUAUCCUGUGUGGAAGUGGUUUGAGAAACAAGAUGGGAUUCGAUCUCUGCAAAAAAAUAGCAAAGAUCCAGCACCAGAGUUCUAUAACAUCUACCUUGAGAGGCCAAAGGGUGAUGCUGAUGGAUAUGACUUAGUUGUUGUUGAUGCCAUGCAUAAGGCUAACUAUGCCAGUCGAAUAUGUCAUUCAUGCCGACCUAAUUGUGAAGCAAAAGUUACUGCAGUUGAUGGUCAUUAUCAAAUCGGUAUUUAUAGUGUUCGUAAAAUUCAACAUGGUGAAGAGAUCACUUUUGAUUACAAUUCUGUUACCGAGAGCAAAGAGGAAUAUGAAGCAUCAGUUUGCUUGUGUGGAAGCCAAGUUUGCCGUGGGAGCUAUCUGAAUCUGACUGGUGAAGGGGCUUUCCAAAAGGUACUGAAGGAGUGGCAUGGAAUUCUUGAUCGUCAUUAUAUGAUGCUAGAAGCUUGUGAAUUGAACUGUGUUUCUGAAGAGGACUAUAAUGAUCUGGGAAGAGCUGGUUUAGGCAGUUGUUUGCUUGGAGGCCUGCCAGAUUGGCUAGUUGCUUAUGCAGCUCGCGUUGUGAGAUUUGUCAAUUUUGAAAGAACAAAACUUCCUGAGGAAAUUCUAAAGCAUAAUUUGGAAGAAAAAAGAAAAUAUUUUUCAGAGAUAUGUCAUGAAGUUGAGAGGAGUGAUGCAGAGGUUCAGGCUGAGGGUGUAUACAACCAGAGGCUUCAGAAUCUUGCAGUCACCCUAGAAAAGGUAAGGUAUGUUAUGAGAUGUAUCUUUGGCGAUCCAAGGAAAGCUCCACCUCCUCUUGAGAGGCUCAAUCCUGAAGCAGUUGUUUCCUUCCUCUGGAAAGGAGAGGAUUCAUUUGUUGGGGAGCUGCUUCAGUGUAUGGCUCCUCAUGUGGAAGAGUCUACCUUUAAUGAUCUCAAGUCCCAAGUUUGUGCCCGUGAUCCUUCAAGUUCUGGAGAUGUUCAAAAAGAACUUCAGAAAUCUCUGUUGUGGUUAAGGGAUGAGGUUCGAAAUCUUCCUUGUACAUACAAAUGUCGGCAUGAUGCUGCUGCUGACUUAAUCCAUAUUUACGCUUUUACCAAGUACUUUCUUAGAAUACAGGAUUAUCAAACUUUUACUUCGUCACCUGUCUAUAUUAGUCCACUUGACUUAGGUCCUAAGUAUGCUGACAAAUUGGGAGCAGAAUUUCAGGAGUAUCAGAAGAUAUAUGGUGAAAAUUAUUGUCUAGGGCAGCUGAUUUUUUGGUAUAAUCAGAGUUAUUUGGAGCCAGAUUGUAUCCUGGCUAGAACCAGGAGGGGUUGCAUAUCUUUACCAGACAUCAGUUCCUUCUAUGCCAAGGCUCAGAAGCCUUCACCACAUCGUGUUUAUGGUCCAAGGACAGUGAGAUCCAUGCUGACAAGAAUGGUGAAGCAGCCUCAAAGACCUUGGCCCAAAGACCAGAUAUGGUCAUUCAAAAAUUCUCCGAAAUUCUUUGGUAGCCCAAUGUUAGACGCUGUAAUUAAUAACUCUCCACUGAACAAGGAGAUGGUUCAUUGGUUGAAGCACAGACCUGCCAUAUUCCAGGCCAAGUGGGAUCAGUGAAAAUUUUGCUUUGGUUUUGACUAUUGGGGAAGCUGACAGAGCCUUCCUGGUGAAAACUUUUUUAUAGAUUAAGGAUUAGUUCAUCAUCCAUAACUUCCUACCUCUUUUUAGCGUGGGGAGUCCAUAAUUAUUUAUCCCCAAAGCAUAAUCCCUUGUUCGGCCUUUUCCGUCAUUCUUGUGUACAGUUCGUUUCCUUACUUUUGAUUUGUAAUUCAUUUGGUUGUAGGGCAUUAUCAUAACUCUUAAUAUGAAAUGAAAUGAAAGUAAAAAGGGUUUAUUUCAA